UUAUAGUUUUAUCGAUCUCUUGCUCUCUUCUUACAAACAACUAUGGAGUCCAACAAGAACCAAAAUGUUCUUCAUAUAGCAAUGUUCCCAUGGCUAGCCCAUGGCCACAUAAUGCCAUUUUUUGAGCUCUCCAAGUUCUUAGCUCAAAAGGGUCACAAAAUUUCUUACAUUUCAACCCCUAAUAACCUCAACCGCCUCAAAAAACUCAUUCCCCAAAACCUUUCCCAUCUCAUAUCCUUGAUCCCACUUCCUCUUCCUCACGUAGAUGGAUUGCCUCAAGGCACUGAGUCAACCUCCGAGUUACCGAUCCACAAGGUCCCCUUCCUCAAAAAGGCCUACGACAAGCUCCAACUCGCCUUGACUCAGUUCCUCAAAGACUCAAACGACGUGAACUGGAUUAUCCACGACUUCGCAUGUCAUUGGCUAUCCCGAGUCGUCGUGUCCACUCAACUCGGGAUCAAGCUAGUUUUCUUUGCCAUAUACAACGCCACCACGAUGUCGUUUUUAGGAUCACCGUCGGAGUUGCUAAAUCGCUCCCGUCAGCGACCAGAGGACUUCACCGUCGUUCCGAGGUGGAUGGACUUUGCUUGUAACGACGUCGCUUUCAAGUUGUAUGAGAUAACGAGUCACUGGGACUGCAUGGACUCGGAGGUCUCUGAUUUUCAACGGUUGGCUGAGGUGGUCCAAGGUUGCGAUAUCGUUGUAACAAGGACGUGUUCCGAAUUUGAGUCCGACUCACUGAGUCUACUCAGAAAGCUUUACCAAAAGGCAGUUCUUCCCAUUGGACUGUUGCCACCACCUUGGAAAGGUGAAGAAUCCCAUGGAGACGAGAGAUUGAGAGGCUUAAAGCAGUGGCUCGACAGUAAAGAAGAGAAUUCGGUGGUUUACAUCGCACUCGGUACCGAAUUGAGUCUGAGUCAAGAUUUGAUUCACGAGUUAGGUCAUGGGAUAGAAAAAUCCGGGUUGCCCUUUAUCUGGGUGGUCAAUGAUCGGCCACUAGUUGAAGGAACUUUUGGUUCAAAUUUAAUUCCAACUGGGUUUGAAACUCGGGUCUCGGGUCGGGGCUUGGUAUGGAGGGGUUGGGCUCCCCAACUCGAAAUCUUGGGUCACCCGUCGGUGGGUGGGUUCUUGACGCAUUGCGGUUGGAGUUCAGUUAUUGAAGGGCUUGGAUUUGGAAAGGCGUUGAUUUUGUUUCCCGGGGGUAGCUCGGAUCUCGGGUUGGUUGCGAGGCUGUUACACAGACGGGGAAUCGGGUUAGAAAUUCCUCGAGAUGAGAAAACCGGGUCAUUUACGAGUAACUCAGUGGCUGAGUCAAUUCAACGAGUUAUGGUUGACCCAGAAGGAGAGCUGCUCAGGGUAAAGGCACAUGACAUGAAGGAUAUUUUCGGCAACGUGGAACUUCAGAACAAGUACUUGACUGAGUUCACUGAAUUCAUUGUGAAUUAUAGUUCGAAAAGUAACUGAUCCGCUUUUUAAACUCGCCCUACUAUGUGGUCGUUUACGAAUAACUCAGUUGCUGAGUGGAUUACGCUAGUCAUGGUUGACGUAGUUGGCCAAGCAAGGACUAUGAGAGAGAUUUUUUGCAACGUGGAACUUCAGAGAGAAGCACUUGGACGAGUUUGCUGAGUUCCUUUUGCAAGAAAGUUUGGGUGGAACUGAGUCACUUAAGUAAUAGAGAGCUUG